AUGUCAAAGAAAAUUGAACUGAAAGGCUCAGUAUCUAAAUUGUUGUUGAAUUCUGAACAAAGGUCUAUAUCCUUUGACGAAACGGAACUAACAAUUAAUAAAAAACGUCAAUUAAAUAUAGAUGAUACAAAGGUCACCAGGUCACAAUCUCUGAAUGGUAUACCUAAAUUAAGAAAGAAAAUAAAUCUUCAAACCGAAAAAUUAGUCCAUAUUACAGAAUUGGAUAGAAAUAAUCAAUGCCUCAAUGAUAUGAACAAAAUUAUUACAAAAGCUAAGAGAAUUAUUGUCUUAACAGGUGCAGGCAUUUCAUGUAAUGCUGGAAUCCCUGAUUUUAGAUCUGCUGAUGGAUUAUAUAAUUUAGUAAGAGAGGAAUACCCAGAUCUUAAUAUUACUUCUGGGAAGGAGAUGUUUGACAUUUCGCUAUUUAGAGACGAACUGAAGAUCUCGGUAUGGGCUACAUUCAUGGAGAAACUUUAUAGCAGCAUACGAUCAGCUAAACCAACAACAACCCAUAGAUUUAUAGCUCAUUUGAAAAAUAGACAGAAAUUACUACGUUGCUACACACAGAAUAUUGACGGGUUGGAAGAAUCCUUGGGUUUAGAGACAUCUUGUAAACAAGAGCAUUUACAUUUAGAUUUAGACAAAGUUAUGAAACUUUCUCAGCUAAAUAAUAAUAACAAUACUGACAAUAACAUGAAAAAUUUUUCUUCUGGUAAUUCUUUUAGCUCUACAUGGAAAUCAUAUGACGUGAUCCAGUUACAUGGUGAUUUGAAUUCACUAUCAUGUACAAAGUGUUUUCAUGUUUUUGAAUGGAGUAGAUCAUGGGCUAGAACUUUUAAAAGAGGGGAGUUACCAGGUUGUCCUAGGUGUGAAUCUGUCCAAUUAAGAAGAACACAACAAGGGAAAAGACUUAUUGCAAAUACUGGAAUUCUAAGACCUAAUAUAGUUUUGUAUGGAGAAAAUCACCCUGCUGGCGAGUUGAUUGGUAAAGGUAUAAAUUUUGAUAUGUCUAAAGGGAAGCCAGAUUUAUUUAUUAUUAUGGGUACAAGUUUGAAAGUAGAUGGUGUAAAAAAAAUGGUUAAACAGAUUAGCAGCAAUGUUCAUGAAAGAGGUGGACUGGUUUUAUUGAUUAAUAAAACAAAAAUAGGUGAUUCUAACUGGCACGGUAUCAUUGAUUAUCAGAUACAAGAUGAUUGUGAUAAUUGGGUUGAGUAUUUGGAAAAUUCUAUUCCUGAUUUUUUCAAAAGUCAGAGACAAAUAGAUAGAGAAAAAGCUCUUAAGAGGGAAGCUAGCGAGUUAAAGAAAAGGAAAGUUUCCAUGUUGAAAAAGGCAAAAGAAGCUAAAACAAUAAAUACACCACCUACGACACCAGUCAGAGAUAUUAUCAAGAUAUCAGAAGAGAACAAUAUAAAUGAGAAUGAAAUUCUUAAUUUAAAGAUUGCAAAGAGACAGUUAAUGCCGACAGACGACACAAUCGAUAAUAAUAAUGCCAAGAAAGUUAUAAACGUAUGA